UUGAACCACCUUACCUUUGCUCUGCACCUGCCGCUAUUAAAAUGGAUCUGUUCUCAUCUCUCUACAUCGCUAGCUCUAGACCUCACAACCCCUCGAAGGCUCACUAUAAAUAUAAGGACAAACUAGACAAGGCAUCGAAGGCUUUGAACACAAUGGAUUCCUUUCUUACUCUACUAGCUUACUCAUGUCUCCUCUUAUUUCCAAUAGCUGUAUUCUUCUGCUGCAAGGCCACCUGGCCGAGCCCGACGCUCCCUCCUGGCCCGAUAAGGCUCCCAAUCAUCGGCAAUCUUCAUCAGUUGGGUGAGCAUCCACACCGCUCGCUCCGGCUACUCUCGGAGAAGUAUGGUUCCCUCAUGAGCCUAAAGCUUGGUUGCAUACCAACAAUCAUCGUAUCCUCCCCGGAGAUGGCCUGCGAGAUUCUGAAGACCCAAGAUCUCAUCUUUUGCACCAGGCCUCCCCUGGUCGCCUACAAGCGAUACUCUUAUGGUGGACGCGACAUAGCCUUCUCACCCUACAGCGAGCUGUGGAGACAGCUGAGGAGGAUUAGCAUGUUGGAAGUCUUCAGUGCAAAGAGGGUGCAAGCCUUUCAGACCAUAAGGGGGGAAGAAGUGAAUACCCUAGUACGAACUCUAUUAAGGCAAUCCUCGAGCGGUCCUGUGAAUCUUAGUGAGAUGUCUUUCUGCCUCUUCAACAAUAUCACUGCUCGAGAAAUCUUCGGCAGGAGGAUUUCGGGUGAUGGUGACUGCACGAGCAGCAAAUAUCAUCAUCUCCUAAGUGAGAUGAUGUUUUUACUGGGCGGGUUUAUUUUGGGGGACUUCUUUCCCUCGCUGGAGUGGUUGGAUGUGCUCACCGGCACGAGAGCAAGGCUCGAGAGGAGCUUCCGCGGCAUGGACGAGUUUCUUGAGGAGGAGAUCGAAAAGCACAUGCACGGUGGAGGAAGCCGAGAUGACUUCAUUGGUGUUCUCCUCCGGCUUAAGAAGGAUUUAAGCCUUGGGUUCUCCCUCACCAGGGAUCAUAUCAAAGGCAUCGCCAUGAAUGUGUUUAUUGCUGGAUCAGACACCUCUGCAUCUACUUUAGAAUGGGGAAUGACUGAGCUCAUUAGGAAUCCAAUUGUUUUGAAGAAAGCCCAAGAUGAAGUUCGAGGACUCCUUGGAAACAAAGGGAAGGUAGAAGAGGAUGACGUUCAACAACUUCGUUAUCUCAAGCUCAUAAUUAAGGAAGUUCUUCGGUUGCACCCUCCCGGUCCAUUGCUAAUCCCUCAUGAAUGCAUGCAAGAUUGCAAGAUAACAGGAUAUAACAUUCCUAAGAAGACAAGGGCGUACAUAAAUGUAUGGGCCAUUAGUAGGGAUCCCCGGUAUUGGCAAGAUGCAGAAGCGUUCAUCCCCGAAAGGUUCGAGGACAAUGAUAUCAAUUUCAAGGGGCAACACUUUGAGUUCCUACCAUUUGGGAGUGGCCGAAGGAUAUGCCCAGGCAUGUCAUUAGGUGUGAUUGCCGUAGAGCUUGCACUUGCCAAUAUUCUUUAUAGGUUCAACUGGGGCUUGCCUGAUGGAAUGAGCAAAGAAGAUAUUGACAUGGAAGAGCAAUUUGGUUUAGUAAUUCGCAGAAAGUCACCUCUUAUUCUAGUGGCAACCCCAACAUCUCUCGAUGCCUAGAGCUUUCUCCAUGAACCAAGCACACUUCACUAUCAUGGUUGAUAGUAACUAUAACUAAGGAUGGAUAGAUUACUUAUAAAUGACAUUGUAAUAAUAUAUACUCUUAUCGUAAUGAAUCUAUUAGAGCUUUUGCCCAAUCUCUUCUUAUGAAAAGAUGAAAAAAGAACUCUGUAUUAGGAAGAAGCUCGAUUGAUUUCAGCGUUAGGCCCUCUAGUUAUUGGUUGGAAUCUAUGUGUUACAAGUUU